GCAGGACCCAGCUCUCCCGGAGCCUGCCAGACUUGGACCUCCCGGAUCCCAGGCUGACAUCCGAAGACGUCAGAGACAGCGGUCACAACCGUCGGAACCUCUUCAGGGUCGCUGUUGCCCCCUCGUGACCGCAGGGCGCUUAACAGAGGCCAAAGAAGCCCCCUGCACCCUCCAGGAGGGAGAAAGCCCAAGCUCAGGUGGUCGUCCACACCCGACCCCGGCUCUCCCGGGACCACUUGGAAAGAGUCACAGCGAACUACUCGACCCAGGAGACCACUGGGCCACCAUUUCCGGCCUCCUCGGAAGUCGAGGCAACGCUCCUGACGUCAUGAGAGCAGCUGGAGGCUGGCGGAUAUGCCCGGCCCGUUAUCUGGUGGCUGGUCGAGCGGAAUGUCGUGGGGGCGGGGCCGGGCAAGCGCCACCUCUCGUUGGGCAAAACCUCCCGCCUCUCCCCUCACCUGCCAAUAGGAACCGGGCCACUAUACAGACGCGCAGGCUCAUAACAUGGGACGGGAGAGCUGCUCCCAGAGCGGAGGGAGCCCAUGUAACUCUGGAACACUGCGACACCUCCUGGAGGAACAGAGCGCCUCUCAGGCGUCAGAGGCCUCUGCAAAUGCGAGUCCGGGGGCCGCGGUCCCUUCCGCGUUUGCUGACGCUCAUGGGAAACGUAGUUUAAAGGGCGUGGGCCGUCCCUCCGGUGCAGGCGCGGGAUUGGUCCGUGCGGCGUCGCCGGGGCAACACCCGGGCUGCGCGGCGCCACUUCCGGGAAGCGGCCUCCCAGCGACGGCUCCGGGGCAGAGACCCGUCUUAACGACUCCAAGACACCCCCUUGAAAAAGAAUGCCAUCCCCUCUGGGUCCCCCAUGCCUGCCCCUCAUGGACCCAGAGACCACCCUCGAGGAGCCUGAGACUGCCCGCCUCCGCUUCCGAGGGUUCUGCUACCAGGAGGUGGCAGGUCCCCGAGAAGCCCUGGCCCGGCUGCGUGAGCUGUGUCACCAGUGGCUGCAGCCUGAGGCACACUCCAAGGAGCAGAUGCUGGAGAUGCUGGUGCUGGAGCAGUUCCUGGGCACACUGCCUCCUGAGAUCCAGGCCUGGGUGCGAGGUCAGCGGCCAGGCAGUCCUGAGGAGGCUGCUGCCCUGGUCGAAGGACUGCAGCAUGACCCUGGGCAGCUGUUGGGCUGGAUCACAGCCCAUGUCUUGAAGCAGGAGGUGCUCCCUGCAGCCCAGAAGACAGAGGACUCACUGGGGAGUCCCCACCCCUCAGGGACAGUGGAGUCCCCUGGGGAGGGUCCCCAGGACAUCAGAAUAGAGGGGUCUGUCCAGCUCAGCUGCAGUGUGAAGGAGGAGCCCAAUGUUGAUGGACAGGAAAUGGCACCCUCCAGCCCUCUACUUGCAGCUCAGUCCCCUGAGGGGCACCAUGGACACCAAGAACCAGCCUCUACCUCCUUCCACCCACCCAGGAUUCAGGAGGAGUGGGGGCUGCUGGACCGCUCACAGAAGGAACUGUACUGGGACGCGAUGCUGGAGAAGUACGGCACGGUGGUCUCCCUGGGGUUACCACCCCACCAGCCGGAGGCACAGGCCCAGUCGGAGUUGGGGAUGCUGCUCACGGGGGCAGGCGUCUGCAGAAACAUGGGCUCAGGAGAUGAGAAUGAGGGUCUGCCGGGCUGCCCAGAGGCCCAGCCACCCCAGGGCCCGGGUCCUGCGGCCUGGGAUGGCCCAUCUGGGGCCACAGCUCCUGCCCCCACUGCGCGCCCAGGGACACCACCAGCGCCGGCCACGCCCACACCCACAGAGACGCGACUGGAGCCGGGCGCCACCCCCAGGAAGCCCUACAUGUGCGAGCAGUGUGGCCGCGGCUUUGAUUGGAAGUCAGUGUUUGUCAUCCACCACCGGACACACACAGGCAGGCCAGGUUCUCAGUCCCCAGGGCUAGCCACUGGCGAAGGCACAGAGAAACCGCCACAAGGGGAGCUGGCCUUUCCGCGACACCCGCGACGGUCACUCGCAGGCCCCCAGAGUUACCCAUGCGAGGAGUGCGGGUGCAGCUUCAGCUGGAAGUCGCAGCUGGUCAUCCACCGCAAGAGCCACGCGGGCCAGCGGCGCCACUUCUGCAGUGACUGCGGCCGCGCCUUCGACUGGAAGUCACAGCUGGUCAUCCAUCUUAAGAGUCACCGGCCGGAGGCUCCGUGAGCAGCCAGACGGUGCAGUCCCUCAGGGCCUCCGUGUUUUCAGAGCCUGGAAGCAGCCUCUGGGGCACCAGCAGAAGACUCUGGAGGCAGCAGGGGAUGCUGGAGUGAACAAGGGGUCCCAAGCCAGUCCCCUUCCCCUGGGCUGCCUUCCCCCAAAAGACCUGGGUGUAAGGAAAAGGAGCUGCUUCCUCCCUUCUUGCCCCUUCCUCCUGGAGGGAAGUCUGGGUUCCCUUCUAUGACUGGCCAGUGCCUGUGGGGUGACUGGCAAGCAUCAGGCUCCCUCCCUUCCUGAGUCACGGCCCAGGCUGACAACACUCCCUCUCCUGAGACCUCCUUGCCUCAGGUAGGUGUUCAAAAACUGUGCCUUCCUACCCCUCUGUGCAGAGGCUGGGUUUGAGGUCUCAGUGUGGAGGGCAGCAGAAGACCCAGGAAAGCAAGGUUGGCUUCUGUUUCUCCUGCUCCGUGUGUGUGUUAGAAUUUUAACAUAAAUUCCACUUUCAUAAUA